AUGAAAGAACUCUUGUCUUGGCUUAAACUCCUCUCUUUUUCUUUCAUCUUUCUUCUUUUAGUCCUCAAACUAACAGUGUUACUCUGGUGGAGACCAAGAAAAAUUGAAGGCUAUUUCUCUAAACAAGGAAUCAGAGGACCCCCUUAUCGUUUCUUCAUUGGAAACGUUAAGGAACUUGUUGGUAUGAUGUUGAAAGCCUCCUCUCAACCCAUGCCUAAUUUAUCUCACAACAUUCUCCCCAGAGUCCUUUCUUUCUACCAUCACUGGAAGAAAAUUUACGGUGGAACGUUCCUUGUUUGGUUCGGACCCACUGUUCGACUUACAGUGUCUGAUCCAGACCUUAUAAGGGAAAUCUUCACAUCCAAGUCAGAAUUUUAUGAAAAAAACGAAGCUCCACCACUUGUGAAGCAGCUGGAAGGUGAUGGACUUCUUAGCCUUAAAGGAGAAAAAUGGGCUCACCACCGUAGAAUUAUCUCUCCCACUUUUCACAUGGAAAAUCUCAAAUUGCUGAUACCGGUGAUGGCAACAAGCGUGGUUGAGAUGUUGGAAAAUUGGUCGGAAAUGAGUCAUAAAGGUGAGGUGGAAAUCGAAGUUUCUGAAUGCUUUCAAACCCUAACCGAAGAUGUUAUUACUAAGACCGCGUUUGGAAGUAGCUAUCAAGAUGGAAAAGCUAUUUUCCGCUUACAAGCUCAACAAAUGGUCUUGGCUGCUGAUGCCUUUCAAAAAGUUUUCAUUCCAGGUUACAGAUUCUUUCCAACAAGGAGGAAUAUAAAAUCUUGGAAACUAGACAAGCAAAUAAAGAAAUCGUUGGUGAAGUUAAUAGAAAGAAGGAGAGAGAAUUCAAAUGAGCGAAUUGAAAAAGGGCCAAAGGAUUUACUUGGAUUAAUGAUACAAGCCUCUAGCAAAACAAAUGUGACAGUGGAUGAUAUCGUGGGAGAGUGCAAGAGCUUUUUCUUUGCAGGCAAACAGACCACAUCCAACUUGCUGACGUGGACGACCAUACUCUUGGCAAUGCACCCACAAUGGCAGGUACAGGCACGUGACGAGGUCCUUAAGAUGUGUGGGUCACGUGACGUUCCAACUAAAGAUCAUGUUGUAAAGCUCAAGACGCUGAACAUGAUAGUAAACGAGUCUCUACGGCUAUACCCGCCUACAAUCGCAACAAUCCGACGGGCGAAAACAGAUGUUGAAUUAGGAGGCUACAAGAUACCACGUGGAACAGAGCUUUUAAUUCCAAUCCUAGCCGUUCAUCACGAUCAAGCAAUAUGGGGCAACGAUGUAAACGAAUUCAAUCCUGGCCGUUUCUCGGAAGGUGUAGCCCGCGCCGCGAAACAUCCUGUGGCGUUCAUACCUUUUGGCCUCGGUGUGCGCACAUGUAUAGGACAAAACCUCGCAGUGCUACAAACAAAAUUGGCACUAGUAAUGAUACUGCAGCGUUUUAGUUUCAGGUUGGCCCCUAGUUAUCAACAUGCACCAACGGUUCUGAUGCUACUUUAUCCUCAGUAUGGUGCACCAAUCAUAUUCAAACAAUUGUCCACACCGGAUAAUAGCCCUCAAGGGUCCUCUUCAUAA